CAUUGCGAUUCAUAUCCUACGUCAAAUUGGGAUACUUGGUACAGGAGAAGACUAAUGAUGUGCAGGAUACAUGCUCUUCGCAAUUUGUAUUCACAGAUUUAAGAGUUUCGGCCCGGGCGCCUAACGAACCGUCGAUCCUUUAUUUGCCCUGCCCAGCCAAUCAGUUACGAUGACACAAGCCUAUUCCACGAGGCAUGAAGGAGCAAGCCGACAUUUCUUUGAUUGCCUACUAUCACCAGCAAAUGGACACCGACGCACAAGCAACCCUUUCAACGAUCCCAAUGAUAGCGUCGAUCUAGUGAUCCGCACAUCUGACAACGUCGACGACCUCGUCCUCAGCGGGCUGCUAUCGUUGCGAUCCCCAUGGUCGUUCUUCCGUCACGCUUUGCAGAGUAGUCGGCACACAGAGGAAAGGGACGGUCUUCCUGUGUUACGAGUGGAAGAUAACAGCGCUACGUUCAGAUACAUCCUCCUUCUCUUUUACCCCAAUGAGCGUCCCGUCGAGAUCGAAAGCAUCGAAGAUGUUUCGGCAGUGGGCGUCGCUCUUAAAAAGUACUGCGUGGAUUAUGCAAUCGGGCGCUUCGAGAAGACGGUGAUCGUGUCGUCCCUCAUGAGGGAACAAGCCCUACGACUGUUUGUCUUUUCAUUCCCUUGACCAAAGAGGUGGCAAUCGAAGAGCUGAACGGCAUACCGGCGUUGCAAUACGUCAUCCUGCGAGACUACCACAGGAAGUGCAGUGACG